UCAACUGAUAUUCAAAAUGAAUGUCGCUGGUCCUCCUCGUCAUGGACAAUGGACCACAGGUUUAUGUGAAUGCUUCGAAGAUCCUGGAAACUGCUUGCUGACCAGCUGCUUUCCAUGCGUUACCUUUGGUCUAAGUGCCGAAGUCAUAGACAAAGGAAAUACAUCAUGUCCCUGCGCGGGCUUCGUGUUCUGUUGCAUGGCGUACAUGGGAUGCGUGUGCUUGUAUUCGUGCACGUACAGAAGCAAACUGAGACGCCUUUUUGACUUACCAGAAGAGCCAUGCAAUGAUUGCUGCGUUCACUAUUGGUGUACCGUUUGUGCUAUUUGCCAAGAAUACAGAGAACUCAAAGCCCGUGGACUCAGCCCCUCCACGGGUUGGACUGAGAAUGAAGAACAAAUGAACAGAGCCACUCAAGUGCCUCCAAACGUGGCACCAGGCAUGGCUCGCUAGAAAUUUCUCACACAACUUCACACAACUUUCUUGGCAAUUAUACUUUCGUCUCCAUCUGCGUUUGAUUCCAUUGUGUGUAA